GGUUGCAGGACAAGCAUGCACGCUGUAGUAUACAGCUGCACACUGUGCGUGCGAAGAGAGCACGAGCAUGACUCAUCAGAAACUCAGCGCUUAAAAGGAGCCGCGCGCUCACUUCUCCGUCUGCACUCUGCACUUCCCUUCAAACAGAGUCAACAGCCACAGACGUUAUUCUUCAGUCUACGUAAGACGAUGGCUCCAUAUACGCUCACAUACUUCGCCGUUAAAGGCAGAUGUGGUGCUCUGAAGAUUAUGCUGGCUGACCUCGGGCAACAGUUGAAGGAGAACCUGGUGACCUUUGAUGAGUGGAUGAAGGGUGACCUGAAGAACAGCUGUGUCUUUGGACAGUUGCCUAAAUUUGAGGAUGGUGACCUGGUCCUGUAUCAGUCCAAUGCUAUGUUAAGACAUUUGGGUCGCAAACAUGGUGCAUAUGGGAAAAAUGACUCUGAGGCUUCUCUUAUUGAUAUGAUGAAUGAUGGUAUUGAAGAUCUUCGCCUGAAAUACAUAAAGCUGAUCUACCAGGAAUAUGAGACUGGUAAAGACGCAUACAUCAAAGAUCUGCCCAACCAUCUCUCCAAGUUUGAUGCCGUUUUGGCCAAAAACAAGUCUGGAUUCCUGGUUGGUGAUAAGGUCUCUUUUGCUGACUACAACCUGUUUGACUUGAUGCUGAAUCAUAAAGUCCUCUCCCCCACCUGUCUGGACUCAUUCUCUUCUCUCAAGGGCUUUGUGGAUACGAUGUCCGCUCGUUCCAAAAUCAAGGCCCUCCUUGAGUCUGAUGACUUCAAGAAACUUCCCAUCAAUGGCAAUGGCAAACAGUGAUUGUGUAGCCCACUAAUGAACACUUAAAGAUACAUUCUCAAACCAUGGCAGAACUCGCUGUUAAAAGGCUUAACUGGUGUGCCGUGAUUAGCAAAAUAUCCAUUGUCUUUGUAUAACUAUAUAUAUUUUGUAUGUUUAACCAUUUUUGAUAAUUUUUACAAACUGAAGUCUACAGUAUGUAUCAAUUAUAAAUAAAGCCCUAAUGCUUAAGAUGAAA